AUGCCUUCGGUAGCUCUUCACAAGAUCACAGCUCCUUCAUUGUUCCAGAAAAAAAGCAGAUACUUGAGCAUCAUGGCUGAGUCAGUUAGUCACAGCACUGCAAAGAAGCUUGUUCAAAUUGAUGUCAGUUCAGACACUGUGUGCCCAUGGUGUUUUGUUGGCAAGAGAAAUCUGGACAAAGCUAUAGCUGCAUCUAAGGAUCGAUUUGAUUUUGAGGUUCCACUCUAUCAAAUGGCAUCCUUUUUUCUUAAUCCUUCUGCCCCUAAAGAAGGUGUCAAUAAGAUGGAGUUCUACAGGCAAAAGUUUGGAUCUCGAGCUGAAGGAAUCAUGGCUCGGAUGACAGAGGUUUUUAAAGGUCUUGGUCUGGAAUACAACCUGUCUGGACUCACGGGCAAUACUCUAGACAGCCACAGGCUUAUAAAUUUUGCUGGCCAUCAGGGUCUUGAUAAGCAACAUAAACUUGCAGAGGAGCUGUUCCUUGGAUACUUCACUCAGGCCAAAUACGUUGGUGAUAGUAUGGUUGACGCGUCCAGAGAAUUCCUUCUAGAAUGUGCUCAAAAGGCUGGGGUAGAGGGAGCAGCUGAAUUUCUUGAAGAUCCCAAUAAUGGAGUCAAAGAGGUUAAUGAGGAGCUUGAGAAGCACUCAGCACAUAUUACAGGAGUCCCAUUCUAUGUGAUCAAUGGGAAACAGAAGUUGAGUGGUGGCCAGCCCCCGGAGGUUUUCCUGAGAGCUUUUGAAAAUUCUUCUAACUGA